CCCUUUUACUCUUCCAAGUUCACACCCACCUUUCAGCGUUGGCCUUCAAUCAUCAAUCGCUAUAUAUAUUCAGGCUAUUUCAGACCCUUUCUCAGCGCGUCUUUAAGAACUCUCACUAGCAAGUUACCACCAACUAUACUACUUAUUUUGAAGCGAGCAAAAACAUGGCUACGUUUGUAUCCUUCUUCACAGUAGCCCUUCUUUUCAGCUUGCUGUCACUAUCUUUUGCUGGUCGUCCUGAGCCGGCUUUUGUUGAUGCCACCCUGAUGAAAACUCAGCAACACGAAGUAGAAGCAAAGCAAGCAGAGAUGGAAGAAACCUGCGGAGGAGUUGGGGAGGAAGAAUGUUUGAUGAGGAGGACUCUUGCUGCUCAUCUUGAUUACAUCUAUACCCAGAAUCAUAAGCCGUAGUAAUUCAAGGAAAGACAUUUUUGGUUGUUACAUAUAGGCAAAUAGCUGCUUGUACAACUUCUAUGAUCAUGCAAACUUCGAUUCCAGUGACCUGAAAAACAUGUGAUCAUUAGACGUGAUUGACUUGGCUCAAGUAUAAUCUUGUUUUGCUAGUUAAUUUCUGACCACUGCUAUUAAAAACUGCCUGUUUAGUGCUUGGUGCCUGGAUUUCUGAACAGACUCAUGUACUCAGGAUGCGUUAAAUUCCUUAGGAUCUCUCAGUUUCUUUCUCUUUUUGUGGAUAGAAAUGAGGAAUAAUAUCUCUUUCUUCGUAUGCGAAGCACCUGUAAUUACAGUCUUUCAUCCAUUGCAGCAAUUUCUUCUCUUUGCUGAC